CCACCUCCCUCGACCACUCUCUCUCCCCUCUCUCUCUUCUCUCUCUCUUCUCUCUCUCUCCUCUCUCUCUCCAUUUGUACACUCUCACGUAACCACAAAACGAAGCCAAAAACUCCUGUAUUUUCGGAGAGAGGCAGCGAAGGGAAGAAAGUUGGAGGAAAAAAACAGGAAAAAAAAAAAAAAAGAGAUGCAGGGAUUAAUAGGGAAAAGGGUUUUAUCGAGAACUGCAAAAUCCCUGCGGUGGCAACAACAACGCUGCUUCUCUCAGGUGUCUCAGAGGGAGGAAGCCCUUCUCCAAGACAAUGGCGUCGAUGUUCCCAAAAUGCCCCCGUUUGACUACUCCCCUCCGCCGUACACCGGCCCCACCGCUGACGAGAUCCUCGCCCAGCGCAAGGAGUAUCUCAGCCCCUCCAUGUUCUACUUCUACAACAAACCCCUGAACAUAGUGGACGGGAAGAGGCAGUACUUGUUCGACGAGAACGGGCGGAGGUAUUUGGACGGAUUCGGGGGGAUUGCGACUGUGAGCUGCGGGCACUGCCACCCGGACGUGGUGGAGGCCAUAGUCAACCAGACCAAACGCAUACAACACUCCACCAUCCUCUACCUCAACCACGCCAUCGGUGACUUUGCUCAGGCGCUCGCUAACAAGUUGCCCGGCAAUCUCAAGGUGGUGUUUUUUACAAACUCGGGGACGGAGGCGAACGAGUUGGCGAUGUUGAUAGCACGAUUGUACACUGGAUGUCACGACAUAAUCUCGCUAAGGAACGCAUAUCAUGGCAAUGCUGCUGGUACCAUGGGUGCCACCGCCCAGGGCAACUGGAAAUUCAACGUCAUCCAGAGUGGAGUUCAUCACGCCGUAAAUCCGGACCCAUACAGAGGAGUUUUUGGUUCAGAUGGAGAGAAGUAUGCAAAAGAUGUCCAAGAUCUCAUAGAUUUUGGAACUUCAGGCCAUGUUGCUGGUUUUAUGUGUGAAGCCAUACAGGGAGUAGGCGGAAUUGUAGAACUAGCUCCGGGUUACUUGCCAGCCGUUUAUAAUAGCGUGAAAAAAGCCGGAGGACUUUUCAUUGCUGAUGAAGUCCAGUCUGGUUUCGCUCGCACGGGGAGCAACUUCUGGGGAUUUGAGGGCCAUGGUGUCGUGCCUGACAUUGUGACAAUGGCAAAGGGAAUUGGAAAUGGCAUUCCCCUUGGUGCUGUGGUAACCACUCCUGAGGUUGCAGAGGUCCUAACUCGCCGCAAUUACUUCAACACCUUUGGUGGCAAUCCAGUGUCUACAGCUGCAGGACUGGCGGUUCUAAAAGUGAUUGAGAAAGAAAAACUGCAGGAGAAUGCGUUGGUUGUGGGAUCGUAUCUGAAAGAAAGACUCAAUGCUCUUAAGAAUAAAUAUGAACUUAUUGGCGAUGUGAGAGGAAGAGGAUUCAUGCUGGGAGUUGAACUUGUUACUGAUCGUGAGCUGAAGACCCCUGCGAAGGCUGAAACUGUACAUGUUAUGGACAAGAUGAAAGAUUUGGGAGUCUUGAUCGGAAAAGGUGGCUUCUAUGGAAAUGUUUUCAGAAUCACACCUCCCUUGUGCUUCACCAAGGAAGAUGCAGAUUUUCUUGUGGAUGCAAUGGACCACACGAUGUCGAAAAUUUGAAGGCUAGCUCAAGUCUUAUGGUAGAUGAAGGGUGUAAUUAAUCAUUCACCAAUCGGUCUAAGCACCAACGAACUGUUAUCUCUUGAAAAUAAAUUGUCAAAAUAUAGUAGGUUUGUGCUUCAAUAAUUCGACUACGAUCACGAAGAGUCAACAACUUGUUGUCUCUCACUCAGCACAAACCUUGACGCUUCUUUGGUUUACUUCUUAUGAUCUUUGUGAAUAUUUGAGGGGUGUCUCUCCAUUUAUAUAUAAUGCAUAUGGUACUGGUUUAGCGUU